GAACCAGGCAUAGCAGAAUGUACCAAGGACACAUGCAGGGGAAAGGCUCUAGGGCGGCAGAUAAGGCUGUUGCCAUGGUGAUGAAGGAGAUACCGAGGGAGGAGUCUGCAGAGGAAAAGCCCCUCCUUACUAUGACAUCACAGCUGGUGAAUGAGCAACAAGAAAGCAGACCCCUCUUGAGCCCCUCCAUUGAUGACUUUCUCUGUGAAACCAAACCAGAAGCCAUUGCCAGACCAGUAACAUCAAAUACAGCUGUAUUAUCAACCGGGCUGGAUCUCUUGGAUCUGAGUGAACCUGUCUUACAAACCCAAAGCAAGACAAAGAAGUCAGAGAAUGCAUCAAGAGGUGAAAACUUAAAGGCUUCAACCCACAGAAAGAAGACAGACAACUCAGACCUUAUAAACGUGGAUGCUGAGCAGAAGGUCCAGAUUGGGAGAGCGCCAGAGAAGUCAUCAUUAGAUUUAGUAAAUAUUCAGACACAGCUCGAGAAAUGGGAUGAAGUGAAGUUUCAUGGAGAGAGGAACGGCAAGGGUCAUUCAGCUACAGAACGAAAAUCUUCAUCAUCUAGAGCUCCAUCAAAAGAGCUUUUAUGGUCUACAGAGAACAGAUCGCAGUCUGAGCUGACUAGUGUCAAAAGUGCCUUGGAGUCCAAUUCAGCAUCAGAUUUAGAAUUAGUACCUGCAACACAGGCACGAUUAACCAAAGAGCAGCGUUGGGGAGGUUCACUCCUCUCCAGAAAUCAUUCCUUGGAGGAGGAAUUUGAAAGAGCAAAGGCAGCUGUUGAGUCAGACACAGAGUUUUGGGAUAAGAUGCAAGCUGAAUGGGAAGAAAUGGCUCAGAGAAACUGGAUUUCAGAGAACCAAGAAGCGCGCGGCCAAGUAACUGUCUCGACCAGUGAGAAGGGCUAUUAUUUUCAUACCGAAAACCCUUUCAGAGACUGGCCUGGUGCAUUUGAGGAAGGACUGAAAAAACUGAAAGAAGGAGACCUGCCCCUCACUAUCUUAUACAUGGAGGCUGCCAUUCUACAAGACCCCAGUGAUGCAGAGGCCUGGCAGUUUCUUGGUAUAACACAGGCAGAGAAUGAAAAUGAGCAGGGAGCUAUUGUCGCCCUCCAAAGGUGCUUGCAGCUACAGCCAAACAACUUAAAAGCUCUGAUGGCCUUGGCUGUGAGCUACACUAAUACUGGCCAUCAACAGGAAGCCUGUGAAGCUUUAAGAAACUGGAUAAAGCAAAACCCAAAAUACAAGUAUAUCAUGAAGAGCAAAAGAGGGUCUCCAGCACUUACCAGGAGAAAGUCUGAGCCAUCAAAAGAAAGUUCAUUACUCGAAGAAGUAAAGGAAGUGUACCUGGAGGCAGCUCACCAGAAUGGUGAGAUGAUAGACCCUGACUUGCAAACAGGACUUGGAGUGCUUUUCCAUCUGAACAGAGAAUUUAACAGAGCAAUAGACGCAUUUAAUGCUGCCUUAACUGUUCGGCCAGAGGACUAUUCAUUAUGGAACCGCCUUGGAGCAACCUUGGCAAAUGGGGAUCGAAGUGAGGAAGCUGUGGAGGCAUAUACUAGAGCUUUAGAAAUUCAGCCAGGCUUCAUUAGGUCCAGAUACAAUUUGGGAAUAAGCUGCAUCAACCUAGGAGCUUACAGAGAGGCUGUCAGCAAUUUUCUCACUGCUCUCAGUUUGCAAAGAAAAAGCAGGAAUCAACAGCAGGUUCCCCAGCCGGAAAUUUCAGGCAAUAUCUGGGCAGCACUCAGAAUCGCUCUGUCUAUGAUGGACCAGCCAGAACUAUUUCAAGCCGCUAAUUUGGGUGAUCUGGAUGUUCUGUUAAGAGCUUUUAACCUAGAGCCAUAAAAAAAACAAAAGCAGCCAAGUCACUAAGAUGUAUUAGGAAAUACAAAACUCUUUCAUUACCAGUUUCAAAAUGACCAAGGACACUUUCCAAAAGAUCGUGGGCCGUAGAACACUAGGGGAAGUUCUACCAGACAUCACCCAAUUCCUGGAAAUCUUCAAAAGCACAAAACUUUGUAAAUACUAUUGAACUCAAAUGAAGGAUUAAAAUGAACAGCAGCUAAUCUGACAAAGACCUGACCUAGAUGAAGCAGUCAUACCCGAAGAACCUUCAUCCCAUGCAAGAUAUGCAUAUAUAUACACUCACACCUAUACAGAGAAAAUAUAUUUAAGACAAAACCUAAUAAUCAUUGUUGCACAUUAGAGUGGGAAGCAGCACAUUGAAGGAACCUUAUUGCCCAUUGCACUAAAUUGACACCGCACGCCCCUACAAUGUGGAGUCCCUAUACUUUUGUUUGUUUGUUGGCCCCUCUCUUCAAGGUCCUACUUCCACAUAGCUCUGACAGGAGGUACAUGUAUGGUAGACAUAUUUUGUGAUGAAUAGAUUCGCUGGCAAUCAAUAAGGGCUUUGUUUGUAAAGGUACCUUGAUUCAAUUUUACUUUUGGACCUAAUUCACAGGCCCUCGGAGAUGGAAUUCAAGAGGAAUUCUGCACAUGGAGGAUUUACAGGGUUGGGCUCUUUCUUUACUAGAGGGAUGAGCUUUGUAAGCAGAAGCAGUAAUUUGCACUAGAAUUGUUGUUUGUACCAAUUAUGGCCCCAAUCCUGCAAAGAGCAGGACGCUGCCUAUGUGGAGGUCCUGGUAGGUUUCAGGCCUGUGUAUGUGCAUAAGCACUUUAAUCUUUUUGUCAAUGUAUGCUGUGCUUUUAUUUACUUUUAAAGUAGGAACAAAAGAUUUAAGGCGAUAUAUAUAUAGAUAUAGAUAUAGCCAUGUUGGCAUAAAGGACCAAAUAUAACUUCUUGACACUAGAUAGCUUUCCAAAUCCUAGUGUUAAAAAUGCAAAUAGGGUAUCAGUUAUAAUCUCAAGUGAAUAGAAUAUUUAUUAUGCACGUACCAGUAGUUUCACACACACACAAAAAUACAGAUUAACUGGAGGUAAAUGUCAUCUUAGAAAAAAAAAUGAAUCUCUUCCUUCAGCUUUCCGCAGGAACUAAAGAAGAACCUGUUUAGGAGCGGAUGUCUACAGACCAUACUCUGGGGGGAAACUUCCACUGAAGUGUAAAGAUUUGCUUGAAUAAGGACUGCAGGACAGGGGCUAUAGAGGUUGAUCUUGCUCUCACUGAAAUCAAUGGCAAAACUCUGAUUGACCUCAAUGGUUGCAGAAUCAAGACCUUAGUUUUCAUCAGCGUUUAAAGCUCCUACGAUACAGCCUGAAUCGACAGGUUCCAAAUGCUUCCUAUGAAGUGCUGAGCACUUUCAAGUCCGACUUCAAAAUGAGUUUUUCGGCACAUAUUAGGGAUUGGGUACAAUGCACAUGUAUAGCACAGGGGGCAUCCAUCCAUCCAAGACAGAUUUAUAGAGUUGUACAGAGUUAAUUUUCAAGCAUUGUGGGUUGGGUUUUUUUUUUUUUUUUAGUACUUUCUCUAAAUAGUGAAAACCAUUUUUACAUUAAAAAUAUACUGUGUUGGUUUGUGUUCAGGAAUGGACAGGACAGAGUAGCUAUUGCAGGUGAAAGCAGGGAAAGUAACACAUUCCCUAUAAAUGACAUUUUAACCUCCCCUCCCCCCGCCGCCCCCAAAGAGCUGUAUCAAAAAAGCCACUGCACAGAUUGUAGGGCAAGGGGGUCUAUUUCACUAGUACAAAUAAAAAGUUUCUUGCA